AUGAAGAUCACAUACGCACUCUUCGCUGUCGCCAUUGGCGCUGACUUGGCUGCAGCCCACUGCAGAGAAGCUCUUGCAGCAGUUGCCAAAUAUAGGUGCCCUCUACCAACCAAGCUUCUUACCAAAACCUGCACCAGGACGGUCACAAAGACCUGGGCUAAGACCUUACCCGGCGCCGUCCGCACGCGCACUGUUACAGUUUCCAAGACCAAGGUCAACGUAAAAACUAUUACUAUCAAAGGAAACCCACCUCCGCGAGUUACUGUCACCGCCACCAAAUCUUUCACAAUCACCCCAGGUACACCUGAGCCAAGCUAUAUUACCAAGACUGUCACAGGACCUGCACCGUCCGCUAGCACGGUCACCGAGACUGUCACCCAGCCUGCACCAUCCGCUAGCACGGUCACCGAGACUGUCACUCAACCUGCACCGUCCGCUAGCACGGUCACCGAAACUGUCACCCAGCCUGCACCGUCCGCAAGCACAGUCACGGUGACUAAUACUGUCACUGGAGAGGAGCCUGAGGCAUCUAUAAUCACUCACACUGUCACUGUUACUGGAGGCGGACCUGGCCCGGCUACCGUCAGUGAGACAAAAGGUGGUGAUGAACCUACUACAACUCCAACUCCCUCUGAUGACGCUGGUGGCAAGGGAGCUGACCCAACUCCAACUCCAACUUCCUCCGAGGACGCUGGUGGUAAGGGAGCUGACCCACCUACUGAUGAUGGCUACGGCGGUGAGGAGGACAAUGGAUACGGCGGUGGGGAGGACAAUGGAUACGGCGGUUAUUAG